AUGGCCCCAUCCGGGAAGUCAAGGCUUGCCGGGAGGCUGGGUUGGCGGCUCUGGGUCCGGGAGGUGGCAGACGCGGGAGUGGCCAACCGCAGAGCAGGGGCCUGUGUGGGUGGAGGGGGCUCAGUGUGUGCAAGUGAAAGGCGCGCCGACAGACGGACACGCGUGGGCUCCGACCUCUCCCCACCUCGCGUGGGUUCGGGGCUCAAACUGCCCGGGGGCCAUCCUUGCCUGGCAGGCGCAGCGACCGCCCGAGAUCUGCUCCACCAACGACCCGCGCCGCUGCUAGCCGGGAGCUCUGGGCCUCGCCGGGCGCGGCAGCCCCUCCCCUCCCGAGCCCGCGCUUCCGCCCGAGACCCGGCGGCGGCCGUGACCGUGGCCGAGCCGCGCCUUCCGCCUGCGCCUGGGAGCUGCCGCCACCCGCCCGCGCCCCUGCGCGCCGCGCCUACAGGCCGCGCCAAGAGGUUGCUCCCGGGCCCAAGGGCCUCAGCCACGCACCAAAGACCCCCUCGGAGCUGGACACUAGGAGGGGUCGGCCAGUUCCGCGUCGCUCCCGCUCGGGAUGGGCCACUCGGCACCUGCGGCCGCUCGGGAACCCUGACUUGGCGGGGCCAUGGCCGGCGUCCGCCGCCGCGGCGAGCUGGGAGGGAGAACAGAGUCAGCGGAGGCUCCUUCCUCUCCCGGAGUCGCAGCGACAGAGGAGGGCCCGACCCCCAAGCGCAGACCGGCGGGACCCUCGCAGGGGACCAACUACAUCCCAGACCUCCUGCAGCCACCAGCACGGACUGGAGAAGUAAUGCGCUGUUGGGAGACCAUUCCUGAACACAACUGUGGCAGCUUCCCGGGGAGGAUAGCCUUUGUCACCUAUGUAUAGGUCACUAGACCCUGCUCAAGGUAUGAUACGAGGGGACAGGUGCUUCAGGGACUUGGCCGAACGCUACCUUGUGCUCUAAUGAAUAUCCUCACCCCGACGGAGGACGAAUGCUCCUCUUAAGGGUGAGGUGGGUUGCUGAAUAGGAAGGUGAAAAACAUAAACUGAACCUUUAGAGUAUCCUAGACCCCGCCCCAACUCCCACCCAUCCCCAGCCUUCACCAAAGUAGCUUCAGAUUCCU